CAGAUCCCUACAAGUGGAUAUUCAGGUUGUUUCUAUUUCUUUCCUUCUUUUUAUUACAAAGAAAAGGUGUGAUGAACAUCUCUAAACACGUAUCCUCCCUGGUGUGCUUUUCAGGAAUUCCUUCAUAUUUUUGGGUCCUUUAUUGUAUCAUUCUCCGUUUCCAAUGCUACUGUGGACUUCUUCCCUCUUUACAUUUCUUGAGUUACUUCAGAGGAUUUGCCUUGGAAGGCAAAGAAAGAACGCCGGAUUUCCGAUUUCCUGCGCCGCACGUGCGGUCCUGCGCCUCAGGAGUGCCCUCGCCGGCCGGUGGCCCGGCAGAUGGUCGGGGUGUCGCCGUCAGCAGAGGAGGAAGAGGGCGAGGUGGCAGCAAGGUCGCGGCCCGGCGCCGCCCCCGUCCCCAUUCCCACCCCCACCCCCCCACCCCCACCCCCCGGGCCCCGGCCGCGGCUUCCGCAGACUCGCCCGCAGCGGCCGGUGCCCCCGCGCGCUCCUCGCCCUGCACGCCCGGCCGGCGACCCCGCUGCUUGGAGUCGCGCCCUCGGGAGCCGCAGUGCCGAGUCUCCUAGGACCCGCGGGGGCCAGCGGCGAGAGGCGACUCCCAUGCGGCACCCGAGCGGAGGCCCGGGCCGCAGGCGCAGGUGAGGCAGCGCCAUGGGGCAGGCGGGCUGCAAGGGGCUCUCCCAGUCGCUGUUGGACUACAAGACCGAGAAAUAUGUCAUCGCCAAGAACAAGAAGGUGGGUGUUCCUGGUGAAGAAGGGUUACCAAGACACCGACACCUCCCUGCAGAGCAGUAUCAUCACGAAAGUCAAGGGCGUGACCUUCACCAACACCUCUGAGCUCGGAGAGCGACUUUGGGAUGUUGCCGACUACGUCAUCCCACCCCAGGGAGAGAACGUCUUCUUUGUCGUCACCAACUUGAUCGUGACCCCCAACCAGCAGCAGAAAACCUGUGCUGAGAGUGAAAGCAUUCCGGAUGCCUUGUGUUACAGAGACAGUGACUGCCUUCCUGGGGAGCCCGUUGUGGCUGGAAAUGGAGUGCGGACUGGCCGCUGCCUUCGGGUGGGGAACAUGCAAAGGGGCACCUGCGAGAUCUUCGCCUGGUGCCCAGUGGAGACAAAGUCCAGGCCAGCGAAGCCACUCCUGGGCAAGGCUGAAGACUUCACCAUUUACAUAAAGAACUUCAUCCGUUUCCCCAAAUUCAACUUCUCCAAGACCAAUGUGCUGGACACCAAAGACAAGGCUUUCCUGAAGUCCUGUCACUUUGGCCCCGAGAACCCCUACUGCCCCAUCUUCCGACUGGGGUCUGUGGUCAGCUGGACGGGGAGCAACUUCCAGGAGAUAGCCCUGCAGGGUGGUGUGAUAGGAAUUCAGAUUGAAUGGGAUUGUGAUCUUGAUAAAGCUCCUUCUGAAUGCAACCCUCGCUAUUCUUUUAGCCGUCUGGACAACAAAUUUUCAGAAAACUCAAUCUCCUCUGGGUACAACUUCAGGUUUGCCAAAUAUUACCGAGAUGGAGCUGGAGUGGAGUUCCGCACCCUCAUGAAGGCCUAUGGGAUCCGCUUUGAUGUGAUGGUGAAUGGCAAGGCAGGGAAGUUCAACAUCAUCCCCACAAUCAUCAACAUUGGCUCUGGGGUGGCGCUCAUGGGUGCUGAAACACCCCCACCCCUCCGUGCUGCGGCUGGAGUGGCCCUCUGGUGGACGAGACGGGUGUGUGCACCAUGCGCUCUGGUCCGAAGCCCCUGUGAACAGGGGGCUUUCUUCUGUGACUUGGUACUUAUCUACUUAAUCAAGAAGAGCCACUUUUACCGAGACAAGAAGUACGAGGAAGUGAGCAUCCUACGGGUCCUGGCUGAGUCCUCGCAACAGGACGGGACCCCAGAGGCAGAGGAGGCGGCGGCGGGGCCUGGGUUGGCCGAGCAGCCAGAGGCACAGCACGGAGGCGGCAGCCAGAAGGAGAAUGGCUGCCCGCCAGUGGCUGCAGAGCCUCGCUACUCACUCAGAGGUGUGGCCUGUGGACCAGCAGCAUCAGCAUCACCUGGGAGUUUGUUGGAACGGCAGUCUCUGCCCCCUCCGUCGUCCUCCGAAAUCAGAACCUGUGUUUCAACAAGACUUCGGGUGAUUUGUACGAACGUUCACGUGUGAGAGCACUGGUUAAGGAGAUACGCAGCGCCUGGUUCUGAGGGAGGAGAAGGCCAGCUUUGGCAGCCGCUGCGGAUUUCAGGUCAGACUUACACACAUUCUACUUUGAGAGCAAGAGGAUUCCACCCCACCCCCACCCCCGGGAAGGUGACAUUAUGCUCAAUGCAUUUAAAGUAAAAUAUUUUGACUAGAUAAUACUUAUAUGAUUCAAAACCAAACAAAAGGUACAAAAGAAUAGACAGUGAAAAGCGUGCCUCCCACCCCUGUUCCCCAAGGCGACGUUACUGAUGCCAAGAGGAUCUACGGUUUUGCUGAGAAUCUGCUUGGUUGCUUGUGCCCUUGCUCAGGAAAUGAACUUUUCCUGAUGGCUGCAACGUCCCAUCAAGUCUCCUCUGUCAGGAAGGGACACGAUGGAAUACAGUGAAGUACCGGGCUAGCUCCCUUCUCCCUCUCCCACCGUCUGAGGAGUCCUCGUGUAAACCCAAGGGGAGAGACCUAUAGCUCAUCACUAACUGUUGUCUGGUCUGCUCGGUAGCAAAGGCCUGUGGGGCUGCCUGUGGCUCAGCAAGCUCCAUGGUUGGUUUGCACAGCUCCCCGGAUGCUAAGGAGUGAAGGCUUUGGGUCUCCUCUGCACACAGAGGAGGCGGGAAGCAUCCUUCCACCCACCAGGGCCUUUGGAGAGGGACAGAGGGGCUUGCAAAAGGCUUUGCCACUGGAGCAGGGCAUGGUCCCCGAAACGGGAAGCUUGCUCCUUCUGGAGCAAGUGGCUCCUUCACUCUGGACUGGUAACCUGUCAACAACCCACCUGCUCUCUGAAUAGAAAGUGAAAAAUCUGGGUGAUCUACUAUGGUGUUUCACUUCCUCACUAAAGCAAACCCUAGGAUUUGAUAUACUUUUACAUUUGGGAGGAAGCAGAAAGGGCAGGGGUCAUGACUGCUUAGGAGUUGGUCUGGUUUCUUUUAGCCUGUUUUUGGAAUUGCUUUGCGGCAGCCAUAUAACCUGGGGGAAACUGUACUAUUCGUUUUACACUGGAAUGAAAAUGUCUCCCUACAGUUUUCAUUCAGUUGGUAAAUAUUUAUUGAGUACCUGUUGUCAGGUGAUGGACUAAAUCUGGUAACAGUUGUGAGAAACACAGAAACUGUCCCUGCCCAAGUGCUUACAGUCUAGGAGGUGAGCCUUAAUCAGUGGUCACACAUAGAAUCACAGACUGAAUUUUCAGUGGAGUAGCCAGAGGUUUCCCCUAGGAUGUGACAUAUAAGCCGAAAUCUGAAAGCAGUCUAGUUGAUGGGGGAAGCAUUCCAGGUAAGGGAACCACAUGUGUAAAAUAAAUGCUUUGACAUGAGGAGUAAUUGAGGAGCUGGAUGGAGAUAGUGUGACUGAAGCUGGUUUUAUGAGGCUUUCUUUCCAUCAACUCUUUUUAAUCUUAAGGGCUGCCCCAUUAAACUUCACUGCCACAGAGGACCUAACCUAAUGGUUUCAAGUCCAGCCAAGCUUUCCAGGUGGCCUCCCCUACAUGUCAUGGGUCUUGUGCUCAGAAAAGCCAGUGACCCCAUUACAGCUUCUGGAUAGUGUUGCACACUGCCAGUUUCCUUGCUUUUGCACAGCUCCCCACUACCCCCUCUUUCUUUGCAUAAUCUUGGUGCAUGAAUGGGAGGUUCAUAAAUCUGACAGAAACUGGCUUUGAAAUGGCAAGUGAAGUGGGAACUCGAGCUCCGUUUGGGAGAGUCCCUUUCUCUCAGGACACCAGUUGCCUCACCAGGUAGAUGAGCACGCCAGCCUCUACAGAGCUCCUGUCCGUGCUGACAUUACAGGAUCACCUGAACCAUCGCCUAUGCUUACAUUCAGGCCGUGGCCUAAAGCCAUCUACCUAGUAGUUUCCUAAUGAUUAAUUCCAUGCCUUGGGAGUGCCAUGAUGCUGGCUAACGGGAUUUUAAAACUGGGUGCUACCAACGUGCCAUCAAGAGGACGAGCCAUGAAAGAGCUAAGCGCCCUCUACUCCUGAUGCAGGGGUCACUAGGACUGACCAGUCAUGGCUGCCUUUUUGCCACCAUCCCAUCAGCUCUUUCUCCGUGGCUUGCUGCCCUACUGGGGGACCAGUUGUAAAGGGGGAACAUGACUUCCUCCAGGUGUCUAAGCACCCCAGCUGUGGACGACAGUGCCCUGCAGAGUCCCUAAAUCACCCCACUUGGAAUGGCAUCUUGCAUGUCCGGAAAAGGGCUCCACCUGGUUGCUACCCACUCCCCUCCACCCAAAUGACACAACUUUUCUCAGAGCAUACUCUCCAGUGGACCCAAGAGCACCGUCUCCAAAAGGCACACCUUUCUCCCAGCUCUUUGUUUCCCCUUAGGCCAGUGCACAGAAUUAAAGGAGGAAAGAUGGCAGCCAAUAUCUGAGACCUGCCCCAUAAAUGUAUUCUGAUAUUUUUAUUUGGUUAUAAAAUAAAAAGUUUUAACUGUAAA